UAAAUACUUAUUGUGGACCGACACUUACCGGAAACGUUCUUUUACGAGUCCUGUGUAAAUCGCGUUGAAACGAUAGAAUGUAGUGAUUACAAUUCGCAGAAAAUGCCGCCAAAAAGAGGAAAAGUACAGAAGGAAGAAGUACAGGUCUCGCUUGGACCUCAACUUCGCGAAGGAGAGGUCGUUUUCGGAGUGGCUCACAUCUUCGCCAGUUUCAACGAUACGUUUGUGCACGUUACUGAUUUAUCGGGAAGAGAAACAAUCGCUAGAGUUACUGGUGGAAUGAGUAAAGCAGACCGUGAUGAAGCUUCUCCGUAUGCUGCUUUUUAUCUUUUGCAGGAUGUAGCAGAAAAAUGUAAAUCGCUAGGUAUUACAGCACUGCACAUCAAAUUAAGAGCUACAGGAGGCAAUAAAACAAAAACUCCUGGACCAGGUGCGCAAUCUGCUCUGCGUGCUUUAGCUCGUUCCAGCAUGAAAAUUGGUCGUAUUGAAGAUGUCACUCCUAUUCCAUCGGAUUCCACUCGCAGGAAGGGAGGUCGUCGUGGACGUAGGCUAUAAACUAUUCUUAUUCUAUGUUCUUUAUUAUCUUUCAAUAAAUGUUUAAAAGAAAAAAA